UCUGCCAGAUCCAACAUGGCGGCCGCCGCGGCUUCACGUGAGAUCUUCACCGAAGGAGUCCGAGCGGUUCUUCACACCUGGCCGGUUCUUCAGAUUGCGGUGGAUAACGGGUUUGGAGGCGUCUAUGGGCAGCAGAAAGCUGAUUGGAUCGUGGAUGUGGUUCAGCAGUAUUUCCAUGAUAACGCUGACCUGCAGCAGUACGAAGUUGAGGACUUCAUCGCUGAGCUGAUGGAUCAGGAGUUCAGUACAGUGGUGGAUGAUGGGAGUUUACCACAGGUGUCCAUCAGUCUGCUGCAGAUGUUCAGUCAGUGGCAGCAGGGGGCGCUGGAACAGCUCAAACACACUAUCAACACUCUGACCCAGAACAAGAGUCAAAGGGCAAAGGUCACAGCUCAGCCCACGCAGUCUGAUGAAGAGAGUGAUGGUGAAACACAGGAGAUGGAGUGUGAAGCAUCUGGUCCAUCAGUCAGCAGGACACCGCCUCCUCCCCCCCCUCCUACUCAGGAUGAAGAAGACGGCUGGACGGUGGUCAGGAAGAAAAAGUGAAGAUUUCAGAAUGAAGGGCAGGAUGAACUGUUGAUCUCAGAGACUGAAGCAGCUGACCUUUGACCUAUAGAAAGAGACUUAAUGAAAGUUGAGCCUCAACCUCCACCUGCUCCAGACUGAAAGUGUCCCGAAGGCUCAGAAAGGUCUGAUGUUUCACGGCUUCCGGCCGGGACCUUCAGUCUGGAACAUGUGGAAGGAGACGAGGACGAUGCCGUUAAACCAGAGUUGCUCUGGUUUCUGUGGAUGAAUUUUUAUUAUUUUUAUUAUUAUUAAACACUUUGACCACA